AUGGAGCCCAGAUAUGGACGAGCUCGCCCGUCAGCCACGCCACGGGCCAAAUUACAACCAGCUGCUGCACCUCCUCAACGAUUUACAGAAUCAUGCCAGUAGUUGGCCCUUCUUGGUACCCGUUAACAAGGACGAGGUACAUGACUACUACGAUGUCAUCAAAGAGCCUAUGGACUUGAGUACCAUGGAGGACAAGCUUGAGAAAGAUCAAUACAAUACGCCCGAGGAUUUCAUCAAGGACGCCAAGCUCAUAUUCGACAACUGCCGAAAGUACAAUAACGAGAAUACCCCAUAUGCAAAGUGCGCCAACAAGCUCGAGAAGUACAUGUGGCAGCAAAUUAAGGCGAUUCCCGAGUGGUCACACCUCGAGCCUUAGAAGGGUGAAAGUCGUGAGGACCGUCAGAUGGAGGAGCAAGAUGUGGACAAUGACAACGCUGUCACACAUGGCACAUAUGAGAACGCUGUUGCCUACGUCGAUAAUGACAAUGUUGAUGCUGAUCCAGAUUGGAGUGAAACUGGUCCUGCUACUAAGGCUGGCCGCGUCGAUCAACUCCCCAAACGUGGGCGUGGUAGGCCAAGGAUCCACCAGAGAGGGGGGAACACCAACAGCGGCCGUAGCACACGGACACAUCCCCAAGCUCAGAAAAAACCAAAAGCAUUCGAUCAAUCCUCUGGAGAGAAAAAGACGGCCACUCCAUGCUUUGAACCCAGGAACACCCGAGCCACCGCUAAGACGGAGGAUCUGGUGAUACAAGAGACAAUCAGGACUAGUACUGAACCUGAAAGUCGUCAUGGCAGCCGGGCACUGUCCGCUGGUGCAGACCAAGAAACGUUUUAUAUGAAAACUGGCCUUGAUCUGCGAGCCUCGAGGGCUGACCCUGAAAAGUCACGUCCCGACUAUGCAGUACAGCCAUUCCAGGAUCUAGAAACAACAGCGAAGCUACCAUAUCAGGAAAUGGGUGGUCGAAAGAAGACAGAAGGAAAUGGCACUGCCACUGAGAGUAAUGUCUCGAACAUGAACCAAGACCAUACUCAAGGUUUCGUACAGGCACCAGAGCCCCUCAUCUACCCGAACGGUUUUGGAAAAUGGGAACAGCAAGCUGCACUAAGCCAGUAUGGAGAAGAUGUCCUCUCGGAGUUUCGCGGAAUAUGGCGAAAAAUACCUACAUCCAUCGACACCGACUCACAAAGUCGGAGGAGUGCCGUGGACGUAUGGAAGUCGCUAUUGGAUCCAAAUCUAGCUACCAGGUUCCGUGCGCCACUGUCAGCACGGUAUCGUGAAUACAACAACCGGUGUAAACAAAAAAAAUGGAGCACGGAACGGCUAAACGAAAUUCCUCCGGACACGUAGGGAAAUGACGAGAUAUGAGGAGGUCAAAUCACCAAAGCAGGACGACUCGCCAGUGCCGCCGCAUCCGAAACGACGCAAACGUGCGGCAUCGUCACAGUUUGACAGUGCCUUCUCGGACAGUCCUGGACCGAGCCAAGGUUCUGCAUGGCGGAUGAUAAGGAACCCAUAUGAGGAGUCUGUCACGGACCUUUCGCGGAAGCACGAUAUAGAAGCGGAUAGCCCGACCAAAAAGGUGUCUUUUAGAAUUCGGAACGAAGGAAUUUGAAAAUG